AUGUUAUAAACUUCUCACAAACGAUUGUUUCUCCAUAUACCCGCAUUACUUCGUCUCGUUAAGGGGUACAUUUUGCAUAGAUUUAUGGUUAAUGGACCAGGAGAUCAACAAUACUGGUUUUUCAGUCAGUAUCCGUGUUAACGAUUUGUGACGAAAACAUUGCUUUGCAUGAAGGAGGAGCCACAGGGUGCUCGAGUAGAGUUAACGGAUUAACACCGUGGGAACACUUGGUUAACUGGUGUGUUUGAUGAACAGUCAUUUUAUACUAAAUGAAGAUUAAUCAUAUCUAUUGAACACGGAUUAUUCAGACGUUUAUUGUGUGACGUAAUCAAUAGUCUGCAGUUGAGCUUCUAUCUGUCGUCUGACAACUGGACAUUUUGUGUAGUUGGUCACAGACAAUAACCAGUUGAUACGCUCUCUGACGGAGCUACAUAAUCAUCUUCGUAUAUCUCCGUCACUGAACAUACACGCGUGAUUUUUUUGACAGGAAUUGUUCUGAGUAUUAAGGAAAAUGGUAUCGCACACAAUAUUUUCAUCGGGGAUGAUAAUAGUAUUGGCUUUUCUCAAUUUCGACAAAUGUAGAUCUAUGCAAGAAGGGCUGACGGGCCGCUAUUCAAAACCGACAUGCGUUAACAUCCCCAGGCAGUUGAGUCUAUGUCAAGACAUAGGCUACAGUAGAAUGCGGAUGCCGAACCUAUUGGAUCAUGAGAGUCUAAGUGAGGUUCAAACACAGUCGGUAUCAUGGCUUCCACUUGUGAGAACAGCUUGCCAUGAGGAUGUAAAGCUAUUUCUGUGCUCGCUCUUUACCCCUGUGUGCUUGGAUAGGCCCAUAUACCCGUGCCGUUCUCUUUGCGAAGAGGUUAAGCGCGACUGUGAGCCGGUGAUGUCUCAAUUUUGUUUCCCCUGGCCUGAGAUGCUUAGAUGUGAUAAGUACCCGGAAGAUAACAACUUAUGUAUUACUGCCCAGAUGGGGAACGCCAGUAAUGCGAAUAACAGUGCUAUUACAUCAAAUACAGGUCAGGAAAAGCUUAUGAAUGUCUACACUCAAUGCCAUAACGAUGCACCAGCAAGCUUGAUUCUAGAAUAUUAUUGUAAAGCAGAAUUUGUGAUCAGGGUCAAGAUUGACAAAGUCAGGGACUCGACAGACGGCAAGAAAUAUAUAGCAAACAAAAAGAAGCGAAAAAUUUACAAGAAAGGGACACUCAAAAAGCGCGAUCUGAAUAGGUUAACAUUUUGGGCAACAGAGACCGGCUUCUGCAACUGCGACAUCAUCACAAAAGGCAAUGAUUUUUACCUAGUGAUGGGCAAAAAAGCAAAGGACAACAAACUUAUCAUGACGUUUGCCCACACAUGGGUCACCACUAAAGAUUUUCGAUACGCUACCAGGCGCUUUAAGAAAACGGAUUGUAGAAACUGAGCUUUUACCUAAACUUGAGAACCUUAAAGUGGAUAAUUAUGUGGAACCUUACAGUACAUUGGUGUUAUGAACGAACUGUAUAUUUAUAUAUCUAGAAACAAGUUUUGUCAAAGUUUUUUUUGUGUGAUACGCCUGCGGUAUUUUUUUUUUGUCCGUAGGCAGUAUAAGCCUAUAUUAGUGAAAUGCAUUAGUUGGUGUGUUUUUCGCCAACCUAUAGAUAAUUAACGUAACAAAUAUGACUUAGAUGGGAAACAACUAUUGAGGUGUUUUAUAGCUGUAUGUUUUGAUAAAUAAAAAUAAGACAUUUUGUCUGAUGAUCCAUCCAAUGACAUUUCUGUAGCAAUAUGUCACUCAGUAUUUUGUUUACGUAAAUGAUAAAAUGUUUCGCUGACGUCAGUCAUCAUUAUAGUCCGGCUAUGGUGCAGUCAUUAGUACAAAUGUGGCUCAUUCCAGCAUUAUUAGUAGGAAUAUAGCAAAGUACAAAUGUUGCUUUGUACCAUCAGUACGAAUGUGGCCAGUUGCGAUCGCCAGUACAAUUAUGGUAUAUUAUUGUUUUUAUAUUAUGAAUGUUGGUAUUGUUAUUACUGUAUUAUUAUUCAUACUUUAUAAAUCACUGUCAUUCUUACUAAUAUUCUUCUUGUAAAACAAUUUCGAAUUAUGUUUCUAUCCUCUAAAAAGAAUGUCUGCGCCAUUUAAACGUAGCAUAUUAGGCCAUACUUUAAAUGACAUCAGUGGCCUAGAAAAGAAUAUACAUUCGGCGUCUUUGCUAAUUUGUUAUAAUAGAUAACAGUACAUAAAACAGUUUUAAAAUACCGGUUCAAUUCUCCUUGGUUUGGACAUUUUCCAAAAAGGAUGACUAAAAGUAAAUCUUCUGUUAUACAGUACAGUAGUUGGUUUGUAUCCAUCGACGAGGAUAUUGCAGGAAUUAUUCUCCAAUGUAUAUAGGCCCCUGGCCAUUAAACCUUACAAUAAAUUAAAAAUGUAAACAAAUCUUUUUAUAGGUAGGCAUAAAUAUUUCUUUUGUUAUAUGCAAAAUAAACAUAAUUUGCCACUGCUUGAGUUAAACCAAUUUUGUUAGAUAUUAAUGAACAAAAUUUAUUAACGGAUGGAAAUAUGUUACAUAAAAAUCAUUUCCGAGUUUAGAAUAAAAUGAACAUUGCAAAAAUGAAUCUUAAACUAAUAAAUUGCAUAAUUUAUAUGAUUGAUUCUGUUGUAGAAGUUAUAUUUGCUUUUCACUUUCAAGGUCUGAGUUAUAUUUUACGAUUUUCAGCAAUGCUUUGUGUUUUUAUCAUUUAAAGGAUUUAAAGUGUUAUAUAUGAAAAAUGAAGUGUGCAACUUCAAGGAAAGCUUGUAACACAAUUUUAAAUGUUGACAAUGAUCAAUUUAUAAGCUCAUUUGGGAUAUCCGAAGGAGGUAACCAUAGGCUUACAGUUAGUCUAGCAAAGCCAUGUAUAAUAAAGAACAGACGUCUAUGUUUUGAACUACGUUUUAGCCUAAAACUACUGUAGAAAAAUUCAACUACUUUACCAGCUAAAUGUUUGAUAGUUCUACAGAGUAACAACUGUACAUUAUGUUGGUCAGUUGGGUUAUCUCCUAAUUCACGAUCGCUCGCAUUUUUCUCACGUACACAACGGAAGAGCUGUUUGUAAAAUAUGUCUAAUACAUAAUACACAGUAAUGCACGUCAUGUAUUUUAUCAUACGAUUUCACUCUGGCACCAUAUUUGGAGUGCUUGAGUAUUUGUAUUUGCAAUUGUAAUGUAUAAAUGCACUUAUAGAAAAUA